AUGGGAUCCAUCAAGUUGACCAUUCCUCCGUUCCAAGGCAAGAGCGAUCCCGAUGUGUACAUCGAAUGGGAAAGGAAGGUUGAGUUGGUUUUUGAUUGUCACAACUACUCCGAGGAGAAGAAGGUGAAGCUUGCAGCUGUGGCAUUCACCGACUAUGCCAUAGUUUGGUGGGAUCAAUUGACGGUGAGUAGACGCCAAAAUGGGGAGCGACCUAUUGACAAUUGGGAGGGCAUGAAAGCUGUCAUGCGGAGGAGGUUUGUCCCAUCCCAUUACUACCGGGAUUUAUACUUGAAGCUGCAGAAUCUUAAGCAAGGGUCUAAAACCGUGGAGGAGUACCACAAGGAGAUGGAGAUUGCCAUGAUUCGCGCCAAUGUUGAGGAGGAUCGAGGGGCAACCAUGGCUCGAUUCAUUAGUGGACUUAAUAGGGAGAUUGCCAAUAUUGUGGAGCUGCACCAUUAUGUGGAGCUUGAAGAAUUGGUACACAUGGCUAUGAAGGUUGAGAGGCAACUCAAGAAGGGGGGACGAUCGUCAUCCAGGUUCGAAUCCUCUAAUUCGAAUUCGAAGUGGACUUCCAAGUUUGAAGGGGCUGAACCUAAAUGGGCUGGUUCGAAGCAAGAGGAGAAGGCUAAGGGAGACAAGCCCGCAGCCAAGGCAUCAUCUGAUUCUAAGGAGAGGGAUAACGGGGAGAUUGAAAGUGCGGAUGAGCAUGAGAGUGACACUGACUCUAUACCAUCACUUGAAGAUGCCGAUGAUGUAGAGCAUGCUGUAUCGGGUCAAACUCUUGUUGUUUUGAGAGCUCUACAUGUGCAAGCCAAAGAAGAUGGUGAUGAGCUACAAAGAGAGAACAUUUUCUACACUCGAUGCCACGUGAAGGAUCGAGUAUGUGGACUGAUUAUUGAUGGAGGAAGCACUGUGAAUGUGGCAAGCAAGCUGAUGGUGGAGAAGCUUGGUUUGAGCACUCAAAAGCAUCCGAGACCAUAUAGGCUUCAGUGGCUGAAUGAGAGUGGUGAAUUGAAGGUGACAAAACAAGUGUUGAUCUCAUUUUCUAUUGGGAAGUACCAUGAUGAAGUUUUGUGUGAUGUAGUUCCUAUGAUAGCCAGCCAUUUGUUACUCGGAAGGCCAUGGCAAUUUGAUCGAAGGACUACACAUGACGGGUACAAGAAUCGGUAUAGCUUCAUCAAGGAUGGUCGAAACAUGACACUUGCCCCGUUGCCACCACAUCAAGUGUUCGAAGAGCAACUCCAAAUCAAGAAGUCCAAUGCUGAGAGUUCAAAAUAA